UGGGAUCUGUCCCUUUCUCACUCCUUUUGAAACUUCUGCUAAAUAUGCUCUCGCGUCAGAUCAAAACCUCAAGCUCCUCCACCAAGGCAUCUUCAACGUCUACCAAGGCCUCGUCGACAUCUACUAAGGUUUCAUCAACUUCGACCAAGGCAUCAUCCACGUCUACGAAGCUGUCCACGUCCACAAAGGCCUCAUCAAGCUCGACCAAGACCUCAUCAUCUUCCACGAAGCCGUUGUCCUCUCCCACCAAGAUUUCUUCCAGCACUAAGAUCUCGACAACCCUGACGACUCUCAAGUCUUCGAGCACCGCUAAACCGGUGUCAACCAGCUCAGUAAAGACGAGUUCAUCCAGUGUAAAGACGAGCAGCUCCAACGCGGUUUCGGCUCCAUCGUCCACGAAAACUUCAACGACGCCAUCCCCGAGCCCCAGUUCGAGCAAAAUCACCUCAUCCUCGUCCUCGUCAUCAUCGCCUUCUCCAAUUUCUUCCCAGGCAACCUUUUCCAGUAGCGUUUCAAUCUCUGUGGCGGAGACCCCCAGUCUUUCGCUUUCCUCGUUGACAUCGUCAUCCGCCGCGGUCUACCCUUCUAGUACCCCUGUGUCAAGCAGCUCGUCGUCGUCUGCCGCGGUCUACCCUUCUAGCACACCCGCGUCAAGCAGCUCCUCCUCGUCCUUGGUGGUGUCUCCAUCUAGCACACCCGUAUCAAGCAGUUCCUCGUCGUCCGCCGCGGUCUACCCUUCCAGCACCCCUGUGUCAAGCAGCUCAUCGUCAUCCACCGCGGUGUAUCCAACUAAUACCAUUACGUCGAGCAACCUAAGUAGCUCUGCCUCAUCAAUUGCGUCCAGCAGCUCGCCUUCGCUUUCCGGCACAAUUGUAUCAAGCAGCCUGUCGUCGUCCACCGUGGUGUAUCCGACUAAUACAGCUGGAUCAAGCAGCCUGAGCAGCUCCGUCUCGUCAAAUGCGUCAAGCAGCUCGGCCUCAAGCAUACCUGCGUCAAGCAGCUCUUCCUCGUCCUCCGCAGUGUAUCUAUCUGGCACAGUUACGUCAAGCAGUCUGAGCAGCUCUGUCUUAUCAACUGUGUCUAGCAGUUCGCCUGCGCCAACCACUGAAUCAGGGUCAUCAGUGGCUUCAUCCAGCGAGCUUUCCUCGUCCACCUCUGCCGCCUACCCAACGACAACUGAAUCUAAUUCCCUUUCAUCUGUCGCAACCGCGUCCACUGCAAGCUACUCUGGAAGCAUUGAGUCCAGCGUGAUCUACCCUGGAGGCACCACGACCGCGUCCAGCGUGUUCUACUCUGGAAGCACUGCGACCGAAUCCACAAGUACAAGCUGUAGCGAGAGCAGCGAAUCUUCGACCGCGAUCUACCCCGGUACCACCUCUGGUUCAAGCGUAGUCUAUCCUGGCACCACUUCCCAGUCGUCAGCAGUCCACCCUGAAAGUGGCUCUGAAAGCCCGACGUCUAGCUGUACCGAGACGGAAUCUUCUACCGCGAGCUACCCCUCUAGCACCCCUGGAUCAUCUGCAGUUUAUCCUUCGUCCGAAGUCUAUCCUUCGUCAGUGGUUUAUCCUUCGUCAGUGGUCUACCCUACCGCUGAGUCGACAACUUCCAGCUAUACCGAGUUCGUGACUCCGUACGAGACCCCAAGCUCGGUGUACUCCUACAUUCAUUACGUCCCGAGUAGCUCCAACACCGGUGUGUUGCCAUCGACAUUCGUGUACCCUACCGGUGUCCCAGAGAGCUCAAUCACAUCCCUGGCUGCCUACUCGUCAUCUAGCUCAACGUCCGAAGUCACAACAACCGUUAUUAUCACUUCCUACGUUGACAUUUGCCCAACCGGCUUCACAACAAUCGUGACCACAAUCACCACCACAGUCUGCCCUGAAGCCACUGCCACCACGGGCAUUCCCGCUGGCUGGUACACUACCGUGACUGUCUGUGAGAACUGCGGCCCGGCACCCACGACCGUCACGCUCACGAAGCCAAUUGCGUACGCUACCACCGAGGUUGAGGCGAAGCCAACUCCAUACGCCGUCAGCGAGACAGCGGCGGCCUACACCUCCCUUACGACAAUCUUGUCGACUCGCGUUCAGACCGCGUACGUUACCGUCUACCCGGUGUAGGCUCUGUUGCUCCUACGGGUGUAUCGAGCGUGAUUGGAGGAUAUGUUGCACCCACAGGUGUCUGGAGCGCGAGUGGGAGUGGUAGUGUGCCGUACACUUCAGGCACGGGGCUACCCUACGCUUCGACUACGCCGUUGGCCUUUGAGGGUGCGGCGAGCCGAUCUGGCGUCGGCAUGAGUCUCGUGGCUGUGGUGGUUGCGGGUUUCUUCGCAUUGUAAGGUUAGCAGCAUAGCGGGAUUUUUGUUUCAAAGAGCACUUCAGCGAGUCUCUCUAGUGUUGUAAAAGGAACGAAGUGGGACGGGCAAGCCACGGGGCUUCCAGUCAAGUGAGCAAGCUUCGGGUGGAGUUGACUGAUCUAUGGCAACUCCUUGAGGGGCCUUUGGUCACGCAACGAGGGCAGUU